AUGGCGGAGUUUCCUUGUGCGAUUGAGAGAACGGCUGCUUCUUCUCUUCUCCUGCUUUCCUAUGGACCAGUGUUCUUCUCACCUACGAGGUCGGGAUCUGUAGAGGAAUCGAGCUAUGUGAGCAAGUGGUGUGACGAAGGAAGCUCGAAUUUGAGCUUGAUUUUGGGAUCUACCGGAUCGAGAUCGUGCGCCUCGGCUGUGUCCAGCGAUGGUUCGUUUGGGAAGAGUAACGAUAGCGGAUUCAAAAUCAACUAUUCUGGAGAUCCGUUUCAUCUGGUGAAUUUCAAGACACCAAGAAAACGCCGUUCUCAGGUCAUCUGUGAAUCUUUCAAUUCGAAGCCAACACAAGUGAAGAUGAAUUCCGCGUGUGAUCUCUCCACAUGCUCCGUUGAUUCGAAAGAUGAGUCGUCAUGCUUGUCAACUGGUUCAAGCGAGGUUUCCAGCAUUCAGAGCAGAGCCAAACUCAGAAAUCAGACGAAGAAGAAGAAAGAAUAUAGCACUGGCAGGUCGAUUUCUAUACGCCGUAGAGCAAAAGACAUCUUGGAGUUUCUUUCCUCAGCUUCUUCUUCUGAAGUUCAUAUCCGUCAGAUUCUCGGAGACAGCCCUGAUACCAGCAAAGCUCUCAGAAUGUUGUUGAAGAUGGAAGAAGUGAAGAGGUUUGGCACAGGAGGACGACUUGAUCCCUAUAUUUACAAGGUUCCUUUGCCUCGUUCUUUUCUGUAG